AUGUCUGAAUCCGACACCCACCUUUCCGUUCUCAUCACUGGCGCAGCCGGUGGUUUGGGCCGAGUGAUCGCAACUACAUUUCUCGAGAAGGGUGCCAACGUCGCCAUUUGCGAUGUAAACAAAGAGCGUUUGGCAGAGACCUCGGACCUCUGGAGCACAAAGUACCCCGGAAGAUUCAUUGUGCAACACGCCGAUGUCUCCUCCCUUCCAGAGAUGGAGGCAAUCGUCCAAGCGAUCGUCGCCCAGUUUGGCCGUUUGGACUUGCUCAUCAACAAUGCUGCCAUUCUCGACAAAUUUGAAUCGGCUGGUACAUGCUCGCUGGAACUGUGGGAUAGAGUGUUGGGCGUGAACAUCACGGGGGCUUUCAUCUGCAGCAAAGUGGCCAUUCACCAGAUGCUGGCGCAAUCUCCCCCGGGCGGCUCCAUCAUCAACCUCGGGUCUAAUGCCUCCGUGUGUGGUACCGAUGGAGGUCUGGCUUAUACAGUGUCCAAGCACGGUGUGCUUGCUCUGACGCGCAACACGGCAGCGUACUACCUGGACAAGGGCAUAACGUGUACCAUGGUCCAGUUGGGAGGGUUGGCGCACACCAACAUUCAGGACUCGAUGGCUCAUGGCUUCGACAAGGAAGGCAUCGCGCUGAUCGACAAGCACAUGGGUGGCUUCGAAUAUGGUGUGAACGAUGUUCCAUUGGAGGACGUGGCCAAGUUCUGUGUCUUCUUGUCGGACAAAGAGAUGGCAAAGACCAUGAAUGGGGCUGCCGUGCCCUUCAACCGUAACUGGCCAGCUGGACAUUGA